ACUACCACGAGUUCCCCAACUCCGCCACCGCGCAGGGCACGAUCUGGGAGGGAGAGCCGCGUCGCCGUCGUCGUCGCCGUCGUCGGAGAUGGAGCCCAACAUCAUCCCGGCCUACGGCUGCGCCAAGCUCCACGCCGCCCCGCCGGAUUACCCCUGCGUCGCCCGCCUCCGCCACCGCCGCCUCCUCUCCUUCCUCUGGCUCCACUCCUUCAAAUCCACCUUCGAAGCGAUGGCGGAGGAGACGAAGGUGCUACUGUCGCUGCCGCGGCUGGAGCGGCUCAUCGCCCGCGGCAUGUGGGGCGAGGCCAUCGGCUACGCCUGCCGCUUCCUGCCGCGGCGGCCGCCGUCGCUGCCCGCGCAGCGGACGCACCUCACCGCGGAGGCCCAGACCCUCCUCCUAUUCCUCCACAUGCACAGGUGCUUCGCCGACGUCGUCGCCGGCAACGAGACCGGCGCCGCCUGGUCCGACAAGCACCGCCGCCGCUACUGCCUCGCCCGUGUUACCGGCAUCUCCUCCCACGCCAUCGCCAUCCGCCGCAUUAUCCAAACCUUCGUCCUGUCGGACAAGAUCAGGGAGUCCAUGGAUUGGGGACGCGUGAGAGAGAAAGUGGUGCGGGUCGUCCGACGCUUGGUUCACGACACUCCAGAGCUCGCCGGAUUCUUGGACUUGCCGGGCGGCAUGGUGAAGCCGCAUAACGUGCUCCCCAUUGGCUUCGGUUUCCGAUCCAAGCGUCACGUGAGACAACAAAGACGGCCGCGAGCAUAUACUAUUGCCCAGCUCUAUCUUGAGAUGAAGAGAUGUGUGCCUUCUUCAGGCCAGCCUGAUCAGGGGUUAAGUCUGGAAGGACUGUCAGAUAAGGCGAGGGGCUGGAUGGCGCAUAUCCUUGAUUCAAGCUUACGUGCUGGCUGUGAGUCUUCAGAACACCAUCAAUGGCGGUAUCCACUUCGAUCAAGUGAGAAGAAAGUAUCACACAAUAUUCCUGGGGCUCCGGUUUGCUGCAAUGCACUGCAGACUAUGUUUAGCACCAUAAAAACUGAUAGUGAAAAUUCUGGGACUGCUUCAGCGACAAAAAAGGGCGUUCUUGACAGUAUAGUCUUGCAGACUAAGUUUGGCAACAUGACAAGUCCUGAAAAAAACUAUGGGUUCUCAUCAUUGACAAAUGCAGGCACAUAUAUGCAUUCGAGUCAAGAAGAUUGCCACACUGAGAAUUAUUGCCAGGGUUUCAUUCCAAGGAAACAUCAAAGGGAAGAACUAGCACCUGAGGAAGAUAUUGACCCUAAAAGGCAACACACAACUCUGACUUUUGGUGAAGCAAGUCUGCCAUUGAUCGCUGUUGCUGAAGCUCAGGGUAGAGCUCGCCCAGUGGAACUCUCCAUGUGAAUUCGGAUGAGCUGCAUGCAGCAUCGGAGCUGUUCUGGUCUGCUGGGUGCUUCCUGGAUGAAGAAGACAAGACAGUCGAUGAACUACUAGCCAAUGCUGUUGGAACAUUUGGCGCUUUUUUUAUUUUGCUGCUCCUGCUACCUAGCCAGCUGAGGCUUUUCAUGUCUCCUAAAGAUAUAUAUGUUAUCGCGCAACUCUACCUGUCUCCGAGUGCUUAAUUACUAGCUAAGAACUACUACUGUUCUAUUAUGUAAACUUGGU